UGUGACGCUUUUCGUUUUCAUAUUUAUUUACGAAUCUUUGUGUGUUUUUGUGAGAGCAGCGUGUAGCUUUGCUUUUUUUUAUUGUGGCCAUGUCGUUCUAUCCCAUUCAUUUCGAUUAUACAUUCACUGGCCACGAGCAUUGCAUAGAUUUUCGUUGCGAGGAUCAUUUCAUUGCGCCCGUAAUACUCACAAAUGAAACGUUCGACGGCAUUGAAGUCUCCGAGUUACCAUGCAGUGACCACAACAACAACAACAACAACAACAACAGCAAUAGCAAUAAACGCUUUUGCAGAGAGAACAAACGCAAAGAGUUAAACAGGAACUGGGCGAAAAGAAUAACGCCUUCGAUCUACGAAGACUAUUUUCAGAGCAUCAGUCAGCUUAAUAUGAUGACUAUGGAUAUAACUAAAACUGAACCCGGACUUGUCGGGCUUACAUCCAAUCAACAGCAGCAGCAGCAGCAGCAACAACAACAGCAGCAGCAGCAGCAAUCGGCCGGCAACAUGAACAACAACGGGCAGAACAACAACAAUGGGCAGAACAAUAACAACAAUGGUCUAAGCAAUGGCAAUGUUGUUGUCAACAAUAACAACAACAACAAUACCAACAACAACAAUAACAACAACAGCAAUGUGCAGAGCAUCGCUGCGGCGGCGAACAACAACAACAACAACAACAAUGGCAGCCAACUAUGCGCCGGCUGUGGCAAGCACAUCCAAGACCGUUAUCUUCUCCGCGCCCUCGACAUGCUGUGGCACGAGGAUUGCCUCAAAUGCGGCUGCUGUGAUUGUCGCCUCGGCGAAGUCGGCUCCACGCUCUACACCAAGGGCAAUCUAAUGCUCUGCAAACGCGACUACUUGAGAUUAUUUGGCAACACGGGCUACUGUGCCGCAUGCAGCAAAGUCAUUCCAGCCUUCGAGAUGGUGAUGCGAGCCCGCACCAAUGUCUACCAUCUGGAGUGCUUUGCGUGCCAGCAAUGCAAUCAUAGAUUCUGCGUUGGCGAUCGCUUCUAUCUGUGUGAGAACAAGAUACUCUGCGAAUACGAUUACGAGGAGCGUCUGGUGUUCGCCUCCAUGGCCAAUCAUCCGAUGCUCAAGCGUCACGUCUCCUCCCUGGGCCAAGGCUCACCCACCGGAGCAGCGGGCGCGCAAGGAGCUGCCGGCGGUCUGCUGGGCGGCGGUCCCGGGGGCGGCGGUGGCGCUGUCAAUGGCGGGGGCGGUGGUGGUAUGGUGAAUGGUCCGCGCACGCCGGGCGAUCACAACAACAACAACGGGCCACAGACACCGACUGGCGGCGGCGGCGGAGGCGGCGUUGGAUCACCGUUUGCUGCUGCCGCAGCGGCUGCAGCUGCCGCCGCGCAUAUGAAGAAUCAACUGGGGGCGUCCAGCUAAAAUAAAGCCCUGGGCAUGAGCAGCAGCAGCAGCAGCAGCGUUGGCGGUGGCGGUGGCAAUGGGAAUGUCAACGCUGGUCAGCAGUUUUAUGGCUCAGCUGGCUUUGGGUUGCAUCAUCAGCAGCAGCAGCAGCAACA